ACGUUUUUUGCCUCCCAAUUCUAAUUGAAAUUCGAAGAAGCAAACAUUCACAAUUGCAGUAGUUUGACACCAUUCUCUUCAAACUAGUUUCAGGGGAGAAAUUCAGUGUUUAUCUCAUUAAACAUACAAUAAAACUACAUGUUAAAAGUUGUGAUCAAUUGUGAAGUGAAAUGUCUUUAUCCAGUAAUGAUAGAGACGUAAGUUACGUGUUCCCUAAAAGUGGAAAUUUGUUCUAUGAAAAGAAGAAGGAAUUUAAGUUUUGUAAACCACAUCUAAUGCCAAUUAAAAGUUACACAUUAGAAAAACUCGAAAAAAUGCAAAAAGAAACACAAAAUUUAUUGAAAGAAAAAGCUGAACAAUCAAAAGAACCUUAAGAAGUAUUGAUCCAUACUUCAUUGUCACGAAUUUUUGUGCGAAAAAAAAAGAAUAAGAAGAAAAACAUUUUAAAAAAACAAUCAAUAAAAACAACAAAAAAUAAGUCAUGUAUCUUUUAAUAUUUUCCAUAUGCUCAGCUUUUAUAAUAAGCGCGUUGUUUCUCUACCGAUAUGGUAACAUUCCAAGACAGCAUCCACUGGUAACCGUAUCAGUUUUAGUCGCUUGGAGCUUUUCAUUCCUCAUCGUUUUCACAAUUCCUUUGGACAUCACAGCUACUGUUUAUCGUCAAUGUUUGAAAGAAAACAAUGUCACUGAAAGCAACUCGACGAGCGAAUUCUGCCAGAAACCUUGGGGAAUGGUUUCUGAGGAAGUUUUUCCAAAUCUAUGGAGAAUUAUUUAUUGGUCAUCACAAUUCCUUACAUGGCUUAUUAUGCCACUAAUGCAAUCAUAUUUAAAAGCUGGUGAUUUUAACAUGCAAGGAAAAUUCAAAUCAGCACUGAUUGAUAACGCAAUUUAUUAUGGAACUUACUUGUUCAUCUGUGGAUUUCUUUUGAUUUACAUUGCAUUAAAACCAGGCGUCACUUUAGACUGGCAGAAGUUAAAGGCAAUUGCAUCAUCAGCAUCGAAUACGUGGGGACUUUUUCUUCUUGUUUUACUUCUCGGUUACGCAUUGGUGGAAGUUCCAAGAAGUUUAUACAACAAUUCAAAACCAGGCUACACACUUCAACAAGCAUAUUUUAAACUGUCAAAAUUAAGCUCUGAUAAAGCAGAAGCUGAAGAAACAGCAGAAGAUGUGCUUGAGUCUCUUCAAUCGUUGAAUAUCAUCAUUCCAUCACAUCACCAAUCACGUUCCUAUGUCGAUGAAAUACUGAAAAAAGUUCCAACAGAAUUAAUGGAGAAAGCGAAACGAAGUGUGCGAGCUGGUGAUGGUGGCUCAGGAAUUCCAUCAGAGAAAGCUCUGAUUCGAUUACAUCGUCAAGUGAUUAAAUCGUUACAAGUUUUGCAAAGAACUGAAGCUCUUUGGAAUGUGCAAGUUGAGAAAAUUCUUUAUCUUGAAGACGUUGAAAUGAAUUAUUUAUCAUCACCUCCAUUCCGACAUGAAUUGUCGCGACCGUCAACAUGCAAUCCAAUGUUGCAAUGGUAUUGGGAAUGUGUUGUUAAAUCUCCAUUCCUGAAAAUUCUUGCUGGUGCAACUGCACUCAUGUCAGUGAUGGUUGUUUGGAGUGAAGUUACAUUCUUCAGUGCACAUCCAGUUCUUUCAAUAUUCGCAAAUAUUCUUAAUGUUGCUAAACAUAAUUAUGACUUUGUUACAAUAGAAAUAUUCUCGAUGGCUACGUUGUGCUAUCUUUGCUACUGCGCCUAUUCCACCAUCUUUCGAAUUAAAUUCCUAAACUUGUAUUACCUUGCACCACAUCAUCAGACAAACGAGCACAGUUUAAUCUUCAGUGGAAUGUUAUUAUGUCGUUUGACGCCUCCAAUGUGUCUGAACUUUCUUGGCCUGAUGCACAUGGACUCGCACAUCAUUAAAGUAAGAUUAAUGGAAACAUUUUAUACUCAAAUCAUGGGACAUAUGGAUGUACUUGGAAUCAUAGCGAAUGGCUUUAAUAUUUACUUUCCCAUGGUGAUGCUUGCCGUUUGUGCUGCAACAUGGUUUAGUUUGGGAUCAAGAAUACUUAAUGCACUUGGAUUCCAACAAUUUAUGGCAAAUGAUGAGAUUUCAUCUGAGUUAGUUCAGGAGGGACGAGAUUUGAUGGUUCGCGAGAAACGAAAGCGACAAAGAAAUGAAUCAGCGCUUUCAAGACGACGCGAUUUAGCUUCAAGAGAUUCAAACACAAACACAGCGGCUACAAACUUUAGAGGAUUGUUAAGAGAAGGUGGCAGUGGCAUUGGAUACAAUACAAAUGGAAAUUCUGAUGAACUUAGUCCUGAUUACAGUCGAUCGUUGUCACAAGAAAUUAAUGCGCGAUUUGGUCUGUCAACUGAUGAAACUUUAAGCCCGAAAAGGAAAAAUAGAAUGCAAAAGUGGUUCAUUUUGACAUUAUUUGUUGCUGUCAUUGCUCAGCAAUCAUCAGCCGCAACAUGUCGCUUCUUUUUCGACCAAUUCUUCGGUUAUACGUGUGAAUUAAAUGGCGUAGAAGUGACGACGGAAAAUGAAAAUCUUGUUAUCAAUACCGACAAUCAUGUAGAAGGUCAAAACGAUACGACUGUAAUGGGUUUCCGAGUUGGGGACGCAAUAUUGCGAUUCUUCCCGAACGGCAUCCUACAACAAUUCCCAAAUAUGUAUUACCUUAUACUAGUCAACAGUGGAUUAACUGCACUCACUCCAGGUGCUUUCAAUGGUGGUGUAAACCUUGGAGUAGUCACAAUCAGUCAAUCAGAAAUAACGACAAUUCCUGCUGGUGUAUUCGAUCCACUUGUAAACUUGGGAGUUCUUGACCUUUCUAAUAAUCGCAUUACAGAAAUUCACGAGGAUGCUUUUAUGAACAAUGAAAAUCUUCUAGAUCUUGAAAUCAACGACAAUAUGAUUGAGAGAAUUCCUGGAACUCUUUUCAGAAGCCAAAGACGUCUUGAAAACUUGGGAUUGUACAAUAAUCGAAUUUCUGUGAUUGAAGAUGGUGCAUUUAGUCAAUUGGAAAGUCUUGUAAUUUUCUAUUUACGAGACAAUCGUUUAACAGAACUCCGAACUGAAAUGUUUGGAGAGGAAUUACCAACAUUGGUCUUUUUCAAUUUAAACAAUAAUUUAUUGACAUCAGUUCCACGCUUACCGACACGUGCCCCAAGUUUGAAGUACAUUUAUCUCAUCGGUAAUUACAUCGAAGAGAUUAAUGUCGGUGAUUUCACUUUUGCUUACUCAAACAUCACGAAUAUUGAACUCAGUGACAAUCUUUUGAGUGUUUUGAGUGGCGAACCAUUUGAAGUGUUGGAAAGUCUGGAUACUUUAAGAAUUGAACGUAACAGAAUUAAUUCAAUCGAUAAUGAAUUAUUCGAUCGCGUGCCUUCUCUCUACACCUUCUACAUGGAUGGAAACUCCUGUGCCAGUGUUCGUUUUAACAACAUUCGAUCAAUCGAUCAAGAUCAAAUCAUACAAGAUUCACUCGAUCAUUGUUUCUACAACUUCUUUGAACCACAAGUCACAGCAGUUUGUAAUUUCGUAGAAGAUGAAAGCUUUGGAUACACAUGUGAAGUUUCAGAUUUAACUUUCUUUACUUUCCGUGAUAAAUUUGCAUUUAGUGGAACACACAUGCCUGGAAGAAGCGAUGCUGAUGUUACUGGGAUUAGAGUUUUAAGUGGAAGUAUGGUUCGCGUUCCUCCAUCAAUCUUCCGAACCUUCCCAGCUUUAACAUCCGCAAGCUUACAGAACUUAGACAUUUCCGUUGUCGAGAGAAAUACUUUCAUUGAAUGCGGACGACUUUCAUUCUUGGAUAUGUCAAGCAAUCGUGUGCAACGUUUAGUUCAAAGAUCAUUUGAAAAUUGUUAUUAUCUCGAAGAGUUAAUUCUUGAUAACAAUCGGAUUGCAGAAGUUCAACCAUGUGGCAUUUUCCUUUUAAACAUCUAUCAAACGAGGAGAAUUUCGAUGCUUAACAACGUUUGUGUCAACACUGUUCUUUACAAUUAUUACGACUCAUGGCUCAUUGAUGAUCUUGAUUUAUUCGUCAAUCCUUACUUCAACCGAUGUUAUUCGCUCUUUUUUAUGUUUCUUGAUCAACAACAAACAAAUUAAGUUAAUGAGAAAAUAAAAAUCGUUUCCUGAAAAUAACGAUAA